AUGACCAAUCUGGAAAACGGAGUGACUUUCGCGCGCUUGUGGUUUGUCCCGCGGCUGGGCGUGCGUACUUCCUACAAACAAAGCCGCAGCCCUGUUGUUGCAAGGACAGAUAUACCCGGCCGUCUUCAACGGAGUGUUAAUUCCGGGCUUGGGGCUCUAGUCUCCGAACCGAAGAUCGACAUUUGCCGUCCGCGGCACAUCCGUGUAAUUCCAGGUCCGCACCAUCGAGCAAUUGCCGGUUUACCUUUGGAUCUAACCCGUAUAAAAAAGGCCUCAAAGUGCCUAUCAGGUGGUGUGGCCAUGGUCUCGCCACUUGCACCCAUGGGCUUUCAAAUCGAGUUGUGCUUGCAGCAACAGAUGGUGAUGCGGAACGCAAUGCCCAACGGACAACAAUGCGCCGAGAACUGGCCUUGUUCCUUCAUUGAUGAUGAGUUGUGGCCUGCAUCUUACACGGCUAUGUGUUCUUGCCCACGUUACGUUGGUCCGAAUAUCCUUGUGAGCGCUUGGCACUCAACCCCUCUAGCGGCAGUUGCCCUUGCAAAGCCGAUGGGAAUCGUAGUAAGAUCGCAGCCUCGAGUCAAGGGGGUGGUUGAUCCUAAACACCGCAUUGUGGCAUCUGCGGCAUUUGAGCCAAGCCGCUGUCUCAUGAAUGGGACAGUGGUGGUGUCCUCUGGGGACUCGGCCGAGCGAGUGGAGGGAAAGUUGGAGAAAGGAAACAGGAAAGGGCCUACUAGUGGCUCUCGUAGGCAGAUUACCGAGGCCAUGUCGUUCCCUGCCACGCCCGUGCUCUCAUUGAAGGCAGUAUCCAGCGGCCGACGCCAGCGGGCGUCAGGAGGCCAUUCCCUUAAGUUGGUAGCCAACGGCAUGCAUGUGCCGCUUGGGUACUUGAGCUGUGUUUCUGGUUGA